ACGCAAAUUCAAAACACGAACGCAAAUUCAAAACACGAACGCAAAUUCAAAACACUAACGCAAAACUAACAACUUGAAUGCGGAGAAAAAGGAAGUACAGACUGGUACAGACAUACCCUGUCAGUAAAAGGAGGGCUAUUUUCGCUGAGUGGAAGCAUUAGCGCCAUGACAAACACGUGGUUCUUCCAAUCUGGCUUGUAUCAAAUUUGCAAAUAAGAUGUUUUGUCCAUCGUGCGGAAACCUAUGUGUUAACAGCAAUGCAAAUUUUUGCAAUUCCUGUGGCUCAGCAUUAAAAGACGGAAAUCUUACAAAGCCCAAGGAAAUGUCAAAUAAUGCAAGUGGUGGCUUAAAAACUUUAAAUUUUGAAGAAUUUCUGAAGAGAGGAUCAAGCAGAGAAACUAAAGACCAAGAACAAAGUCAACAAACCUUUAACGAAAUGAAAAAAAGAAAAUCAGAUGAAAAAACGAAAUCAUUAAAAAAAAAGAAGGAAGAAAUUGUAAAGAUAAAUAUUGGGUUGGUAGAAUGUGGAGUAGCAAGGCAUCUAAAAGUCAAAAGAGGUUCUCUUCUACCUCUCGAUAUGAAAAAAAAUGAUUCCAGUUGUAAAGUGAAGAGUUUGGGGAUGGACAAGCAGUUGGCUCAUAAUAAACACCUGAGGGAUUCUGGUGACUUUGAUUGUGUUCUGAUGUACCCAGACUUUGAUCUGGUUAACACUAUUCCAGGAACUUCACAGCCAUUUACAGUUGAGAGAUAUAAGGAAGCAAUUGGAAGGCCUUAUAAUCGAGUCAACUUGCACUUGUGCAAGGUCUCUGACUUUGAAAUUGCCAAUGAUAUUGAGAUACUGAAGAUGAAUCUCUGGGUAAUUAUUAAUUUAGUGUGUAUCUCUGAAACCCAAGCGAGUAUCUUCGCCACCAAAGCAAGUAUCUCUGAUGCCCAAGAAAGUACCUCUGGCACCCAAUCAAGUGACUGUGGAACCCAAGCGAGCAUCUCCACCACCAAAGCAAGUACCUCUGAUGACCAAGAAAGUACCUCUGGCAACCAAGCAACUACCUUUAUCAACCAGGCAACUGAAACAAAUAUCACUGAAAAUUUUUUAUUUCCAGAAGAUAUAUUUGAAGAUAUAUUAGUUGAAACAGAAAACGUCAACAACACUGAGGUCAUAUCCCUGACAUCGUUGGAAGAAAUGGAAAAUGAGGUCUUGGUUAUCCAUAGAACUCAAGUAAACAAUAAUUUCCUUCACUAUUUUGCUAAGUAA